AUGGAAAAUAUAAUUUAAGAAUAGUAGUUUUAGAAACCUUAAGAAACAGAAAAUAGAAAAAAAUAAAAUUUAGCAAGAAAUUAAAUAAACCAUUUAGGAUUCCUUAAGCAAUAUGAAAGAUAUGACUAAAUUAAGGAUAAUGAAGAUAAAAUAGAUUUAGAAUUCAGAAGAUUUGAAAUGAGAAUUUUCUUUAACUCUAAUUCUAACUAUAAAAACGAAAUUUUUGAAAAAUAUUAUUAAUCUCGUUAGAUAUGGAAAAAUAAACAGAUUAUAUACCUAAUUACAAAUUUCCAAUAAUAAUAUUUAAUUAAGAAAUUGGAUUAAGAGAUAAGCAUAUUUUAAUCAAUUAAAAAAUAUUUCGAACAAGUUCAAUAAUUAAUUCUUAUGUCACUUACCUUUAAGCUAUGGAUGAAAACUAUUAUUUUACUCAAAAAAGUAAAGAAAGAAUAAAACAUAAAAGAUUGUUUAUUUUUAUUUCAGAUUUUAUAUGAAUAACUAAUUUUUUUAAAAUUAUAAUAAAUUGUAAUUUCAAUGACUUUCAUUUCUACGACAUUUAGUUAGAUCUAAAAAUAUUCUUCUAAAUUCUCGGCAAAAAUUUCUCAAAACUUUUAAUAUCUCAGUUGA